CCAGGUUACAGCAUAGACUCAGUACACCACUUCCGCAAUAGAUGUCUGGGCAGAGAGACGAGAGGCCACUGCGAGCUGAAAGUUCAGAGGACCAUGUAUAGGAAGUAAGCGACGGCAAUGGAAGGGAAAGGUCCGUAUCGCAUCUAUGAUCCAGGUGGGAGCGAGGUCAAGGCCAGGGAGGAGGCCGGAGGGGGAAGCAGCUAUCGACAGCUACUGGAGGAGAACAGCAUAUUGAGGGAGCGGAUGAAGGGACUUAAGAGCUUAGGUGAUUUGCUAGAAGAAUCUCAAUCAGAGGCAUCGAGGCUUCGGCAGCGAGUGGAGGAACUUGUGAGAGACAACGAAGCCCUGAAGUCGUCCAGCUUUGCUGCCAGUCUGUGUAUGGGAGGACCCGCUCAGACUGAGACACAAAGUAAACCCUGUUUGCACCCCCCUGCAGAGCAGAAGGAGGAGCAAACAAGCUGUUUAGGGAAGACCCUUCUGUCUGAGAAGCCCAAUGAGGCCUUAUCGGAGUUUGAGGUGGUGAAUGUGGAGGGAAAGACUUCCGAUGCCUUGACUGCCGGGUCAGUGGCAGGAGUAAUCCCCCUCCUUCCUCAGGAGAACAUCGAGCUCGCGAGCCAGCUGAAGAGGCUAGAGAGCUCUUUCAGCAUAUUCGCAGAGGAAUCCAACCCAAACCAGCUGUUAGCUCACCUUGGCCGCAUGGCUGUGGAGUUUCACCAUCUUUCCUCUAAGGUCCAAAAGAAUGAACAGAGGACCUCCCUCCUACAGACUCUCUGUGAGCAGCUCAGGCAGGAGAACAAUGAGCUUCGAAAGAAAAUGGAAGAGGAUCAUCAUAUCAGGAAUCGAGACUUGGAACAGCUGAGACAGGAGAAUCAGAAACUUAAGGAGCUGGUCACAGGAGGAGCAGCAACAGCAGCAUCAGCUGCGUCACCAUCUGACACCGAAACUCCAGAGGCCAAAGAGGAGCCAGUUAAGGAGGAAGCUGCUGCUGUCCGACCUAAAAUGGAGGCCUCCACGCCGCAGAAGAGUGGAAAAGCUGCAGAGAAAACCCCAACUAAACCUUGUGAUGUAGAAGUGUAUGAGAAGAAGAUCAAGCUUUUGGAGAAGCAGAGAAAGGAUGUACUGGAGGUGAACAAGCAGUGGGACAUUCAGUGGAACUCCAUGAAGUCACAGUUUGAGCAGAAGAUUACAGACCUCAGACAACGGCUGGCUGAGUCCCAGAAAACCGUGCUUGAGCUGGAAGCUGAGCGAGAGCAGAGGCAGCGCGACUAUGACAAGAAGCUGUUGCUGGCCAAGUCCAAGAUUGAAAAUGUACAGGGGGAGAAGGAGUGUUUAAACUCUGAAACCACAGAGCUAAAGCAGAAGAUCCGCUACCUGCAGGAUCAGCUGCUGCCGCUCAGCAAACAGAGAGAGUACCAGGAGAAGGAGAUCCAACGCCUCAACAGGGCUUUAGAGGAAGCCUUAAACCUGCACUCCCCUUCAUCCUCCCAACAACCUCCUGGCCAGGGCAACUUUGCAGAUGCAGCCAAUAACCUGAAGAAACAGGAACUGCUCACACAAAUUGCUGUAUUAAAAGAACAGGUGAAAAUCUUUGAAGAGGACUUCAGGAAAGAAAGAAGCGACAGGGAGCGAAUGAACGAGGAAAAAGAGGACUUGAGGCGGCAGGUUGAAAGACUCCAGGGUCAGAUUACUAAUCUGACCAAUCAGCUUCAUCAGGCGCAGAACGAGUGUCAGAGAGAGCGGACAGAGAGAUGCAAGCUGGAGAGACUGCAGAUGCAGCACCACAAACAGGGGCAGCAGCAGGAAAGACGUACCUCAGACCCCACGUCAGGCUCAGUGAACGGCCCGCUGAGCCCUCCCUACUGUGGUCCCUUUGUGCAGGUGGGACCGCAGGGCCUUGAGGGUUGGCCCAUACACUUCCCUCCCAGGAUGCCCAAUGCAGCAGGCGCCACAGCCGCAGCCGCCGCAGCACCACCCCCUGUACGAGACUUCCAGCCUGUUACCCCGGGUUUUCCUUGGCAGAUGUCAUUCCCUCAAUCCAGAGGGGCCAGAGCAGCAGUAGGAGAGAGUUCGAGACCACCACCAGAGAAUGCAGAUCAGUCAGCAGCAGCAGCAGCAGCAGCCGCCGCGGCAGCAGCAGGAUUCGGAAAAAGGGAGCGACAGAACAUUGACCCUGGAAAGCACUAAAGCGUCACCGUACCCACCGAACAGAGUCUGGGUAGUAGCAUGAAAUCAGUUUGUUUUUGAGUUGACAAGGUGUGAUUUGAUCUAUAAUUUUCCUACUGAACUGUAGAUAUCCUAUUGUAAUGUUGUUUAUACUUGCGUUUUAUAAGGCUAUUUGUGAAACACUUCGCUAUUCUGAAUAUAUACAUGAAAUAUUAUUUAGAUUUUUUUAUCGGGAACUUAAGUCAUUUGUUAAAUAGGUUGGAAUAAUUAACAUUGUUUUGUUUUUUUUUUUUGUUUUUUUUUUUCCAGAAAAAUAAACCUAUGUGAUUGUUUCUCUGCAACAAUGUAACAACUUAACACUCGGUUUGUUACUUGUAGGGUUACAGGAAGCCAUUCCCCAAUAUGACUACGUAUACUCAUUCCAACAAUGAAUGAUUAUAUAGGUACACUGAAUCAUAGAAUUUACAAUGUGAAUGUUAAUUGAUUUAUGAGGGUUUCUUCAGUACCAUCGAUGUUAUAGAACCGUCCCAUAUGUGUAGCUGUUCAAAAGUGGUUGUUGAAAUACAAAAAUUUUGGGAAAUGAAUUUUGAUGGUAUCAUACCAAAAACAUUGAUUGUGAUUAUGAUAAUUUAUUUAUAACCUGCUGUUUUGAUAGUUGCAUUGACUAAGUGUAAAUCAUUGUCUUUAGUAAUGCUGUUCUUUCUAUGUUGUUAGUGUAAUCCCAAUAUAUUGUAGCUAUUGACAUUGUAUGUUUGUAUCAGACACAAUACACAAUGCACAGUACAUACACAACCUUUUUUUUUUUUUUUUCCCCAUGAUGAUGGACCUAAUCUCAUUAAACAACACUUCUACUUGAUUUGACCACUCAUUCCGAUACUCAUCUUACUGCAUCCUGUACUGUUGCUCAGUUUAGCCCCGACACGCAUCAUCUCGAGGUUUUCGGCAGCAAAAAAAUGUCAAAGCAGCAGUGAUGACUAACUUCCUCUUCGUACCUGUUAAUGUCGCACCAACUUAACUGAGUUUUAAUUUUUGCAACUGAACAUUUAAACUCUGCUCAGGUGGCAGAAGGAGGAAGAUUUUCAUCAGUACUUGGAGGCUCUAGACCCCAUGUUACAGCAGUACAGCCGCUCCUCAGAGGGGAAAAAAAAAAAAAAAAAAAGCCUCUACCGGGAUGUCUGGCUUUGCUUUCUGUCCACUCCAACAACCAGCAAUCCAUGCCUUGCCGACUGACCUGUGAACUGCUGUAACACAAAGUCAAGAGGCCCGAUGACAGACACGGGAUCCACACCUCGAGAUCAUUACCGUUUUUUUUUAAAAAGGUAAAUCCAAUCUCAAAAUCAAGCCUUGCCUGUUUUACCUGAAUACCAAUUACAAUUUCCUUAGUAUAGUUUAUUUCAAGUAGUCAGAUGAAGGGCUUCAAAAAUGUGCGCGGAGACGACUUUGGGGGGAAAAAAAAGCUCAAUUUUAUCAAGUUGUUAAGUAACAGGGAACAAAAUUGCGAUGGGUGAGAGCUGAAAUGAGACAUUAGCAGAAUUGCACUUUGAGAGGUACGCUGUAAUUACUGGCAGUUGUAUUUUCCUGGUUUGUAGCCUUUUUUUUCCCUUUUUUGCUGUAGGCAAAAGCACAUGUGAGACUUUUUGUAUUUGACUGGCUUAAUAAAUCUAUUCUAAAUGUC